AUGGAUCAAGACUAUCUAAAACUAGGGGUCGAUCCCAAAUCAUUGAAAGUAGCAGAACUGAAACGAAUCUUGGUGGAACAUGAUAUCGAUUUUCCAUCGAAGGCUAGGAAACCUUUACUUAUUAAGUUAUUCAAUUCAAAGUUAGGAAAGUAUACUACACCUACGGAAGAUCUAUUAUCUUCUAGUCCUAAAGCUACCGAUCUCCCUAUCAAGAAGAAGAAGCAGAAAAAGAGGACAAGAAACGUUGUUGCGACGGAGGAAGAAGAAGAUGAAAAUAGAAACCUACAUGUUAAAACGGAGGAUGCAAACUCGAGUUCUCCUCAAUUGAAAUCAAACAAAAAGAAAAAUAUAACUGACAGGGAGAAGUCGGAAAGAAAAAAGAGAAAGAAACUUAAAGAUAUCAGAGAAAGAGGAAAUAUCCCACCAACAAGGAGUGACGUACAGAUCAUAAGUAGUUCAGAGACAGGAAAGGACGCAAUUUCGAACUCCGAAUCUCUAAAUAUCCCUCCUGCGUCAUCGAACGACUGUGGCGAUCAAAGUAUCAAGAACGAAGAAUCACACUUACCAUCAUCAUCUUACAAGCAAAAGCUUCAAGAGGAAAAACUGAGUACGGCACAACUUUCUCAAUAUGUACCUAAAAGUGGAUCGUUCGAAGGUGGCCCCACAGAUUUGGAACAAUAUAAAAAUGAUAGCGGCAAAUCAAUAAUUGAAAAUAUUUCCCCACAGAAUUAUUUAGAACGUAAUAAUGAAGAUAAAUCGGUGUACCUAGGAUCAGAAAUUAGUAAACGAAAUACGAGGUUCAGGAGAAGACUUGCACCCGAUUUAGCUUUAGUAAAUAUAUCUCCAGAGUUUGCUAAUCAGUUAGGCAAUGCGUUCAGCAAGGAAGAUGACGAUAAUGGACCAGUUGAUUUAUCAAUAAGCUCUCACAGUUCAAAAACUCUUGCAUCUGCAUCAACGUCCUUCUCAAUCCCUAGUGUAUCUUAUCAUAGUGAUCAUGAUACGAAAUCUUUAUUGUUCGCUAACAAUUUAUCUCCACCAAAUCAGUGUGCAUCCAAGAGCAGCGUGGAAACUUGCGAAGCUCACAACCAAUCACAGAAGUUAGAACACAUAGAAAAACUUGAAGAAAUAGAAACCAUUGAACCUACGGAUAUCGGAGAAGCUCCUGAUGAACAUGCAAAUGCUACUGAAACAGGAGCGAAGGUCGAAGAAGAACUCGAAGAACUCGAAGGGCUCAAAGAAACUAAAAAAUAUGAAAAACUUGAAAACCCUGAAGAGCCUGAAGAGAUCGAAGAAUUUGAAGAAAUCAAACCUAAUAAUAUUGAACCAGCAGCCAAUGGACAGGUAUUGUCCUCAUACUUAAACGAAGUGAAUGCGAAAAACAAUGAUGAGGUCGAGAAGAAUGACUUACUUAAACCAAUUGAGAAUGAUUUAUUAGAAAUUGUUAAUGAAAAUAAUAUUCAACCAGGAUAUGUUUCGAGUAAAAGCAAUGAAACUGUUACUGCAACAAGUAAUUCACUGAAAGAUAAAAGACACGAAAAGCACAAGAAGAAAUAUAAAAACAAUACCUUGAAUUCCACAAGAAGAAGGAACCGCAUCGCUGUCUUCUUGCGGAGGAAUUACAAUCGUACAAACCUAAAGCUGUUAUUACAAUUUCUGCCAAUGACCCUAUAUGUUUUAUUAAAGAUAUUUCAUUUUCUGUUAUUUGCCAUACCGAUCGUGUUUGCGUUAUGGUAUCGUGAAGAAAGAAUACUAGUUGGUUAUUGUGGCCAUGAAUCAGUUCAAUCUAUACUUUCUUUGUCAAUAGAAUCUCCCUUCUUUUCAUGUCUAGACACGAUACUUUCUCCAUUCAAACCGAAAUGUUUACCAUGCCCGGCAAAUGCCAUUUGUCAUUCCAAUUUAGCAACUGAAUGCAUCCCACAUUAUGAGACUUCAGCGUUUUCUUCCCUUCUCAGUUUAUAUGGAUUGAUACCCUUACCACCUUCAUGCGAACCAAUUGAAACAGAAAAAAGUAAAGAGCUCAAUCAAAUCACAUCUGAAUUGCUUUCUGUCCUACAUCAUCAAAAUGCUCACCUCGAAUGUGGUAAUAGCGCCGAUAACGGAUUAAGCGGUAUGAAUGAAGGAGAGCUAUAUAAUGAAUUUAUGUCCUAUAGAUCUCCAUGGAUUAAUAAGGAACAAUACUCAGAAUUGUGGGUCCGAGUAAAAGCCAAGUUGAAAAAUAGUAAGGAUAUAGAAUGGCAUUACAUUCAUCCCUAUAGUAAUGGCUCCCUUCCAACAAACUCAACUUCUAACACUGAGAUUGUAACGCAAUUCAGAUCCCAUUCUAAAAAGUACGUCAGAGUGACCUGCAGUCUCCCAAAAAUCGAAAUUUUACCGAAGCUCGAAGAAGCACUGUAUUCAGUGGCAUUUUUGAUCCUACUGUUUAUAACCAUUAAAGUAGCAAAGAAUGAAUGGACAAGACGUCUAAAAGAACAAAGUUAUAUUAGAAAUUUAAUAAAAAUAGCCAUACAGGAGUUAAAAGUUAAUAAACGGGAACAAAUAGAAUCACCAUUCGUCAACGUGUUAACUAUUAAAUCCAAGCUAUUGAAUGAUAUAUCAGACGCUGACUACAAGAACUACGUAUGGAAGGAAAUAAAGCAGAAAAUAGAGCAAAAUCCGAAUGUACUCACUUACCAUACAGAAUUACAAGGUGAAAUUAUGAAAUGUUGGGAAUGGGUCGGUCAGUUAGCCGGCGAUUCUGAUUAG